AUGCUCUGCAGACACGACGCGUGCGCACUGGGCAACUUCCGGGUCUUCUUCUUCUUCUUCGUGUUUCCGGCGGUCAGCAGCGCCAGCGCCACCUGCUGCCCUGCAUGCGGACUGUCUCAGUGUCUCUACUCUCAGUGUCUUUACUCUCAGUGUCUCUACUCUCAGUGUCUCUACUCUCAGUGUCUCUACUCUCAGUGUCUCUACUCUCAGCGGACUGUCUCAGUGUCUCUACUCUCAGCGGACUGUCUCAGUGUCUCUACUCUCAGCGGACUGUCUCAGUGUCUCUACUCUCAGUGUCUCUACUCUCAGUGUCUCUACUCUCAGUGUCUCUACUCUCAGUGUCUCUACUCUCAGCGGACUGUCUCAGUGUCUCUACUCUCAGUGUCUCUACUCUCAGAGUCUCUACUCUCAGUGUCUACUCUCAGCGGACUGUCUCAGUGUCUCUACUCUCAGAGUCUUUACUCUCAGUGUCUCUACUCUCAGUGUCUCUACUCUCAGUGUCUCUACUCUCAGCGGACUGUCUCAGUGUCUCUACUCUCAGCGGACUGUCUCAGUGUCUCUACUCUCAGAGUCUCUACUCUCAGUGUCUCUACUCUCAGUGUCUCUACUCUCAGCGGACCGUCUCAGAGUCUCUCGCUGAUCCUUUGUGGUAUUUAA